AUGAACUACACGUGGGUGUCCAUAUCAGAGUUUGUGCUGCACUGUGCAAUCGACACUCAGCAGAAGAGCUACACGACUCCAGUUCUAGUGAUGGUCUACCUGGUGACGCUCUUUGGGAACCUCCUGGUCAUCCUCAUCAUCGGCACGAAUCAUCGAUUGCAGACGCCCAUGUACAUCUGUAUUGCCACUCUGGCAGUAAUUGACCUGCUGAGCAGCACCAACAUCAUUCCACAAAUUGUCGCCGUUCUCUUGGACUCGACAGCUACCUCCUAUGGACUUUGUUUAUUUCAGAUGCUCUUGGUAUAUUAUUUGGAGGCUGUCGAAUCCCUCCUCUUGGCUCUAAUGGCGUGUGACCGCUACGUGGCUGUUGUCCACCCUCUUCGAUAUCCUUCACUUAUCACCAAUAAAACGGCGUGGAUGGCUGUGAUGCUGCUACACUUCAGUAUGGCGCUUUUCCUUGUGCCGUAUGUGCUUUUUGUGACUGAACUUUCUUUCUGCAACACCAAUAUUCUGAAUUAUUGUUUCUGCGACUACAUCACGACAGUUAAAAUUUCCUGCAAUGAAGAAACCAAAUACUUAGUAAUGGUGUCCACCACAUCCAUUGUUUUUGGGGUUUGUCCAUUUGCUUUAAUUCUACUUUCCUAUUUCAGGAUUGCUUACGCCGCUCUUAAGAUCUCAUCUGCUGAAGGGAAGAGAAAAGUUUUUAACACCCUCAUUACACAUCUACUGGUGGUGGGACUUUUCAAUAUUCCACUUGUGACAUCCUACAUAUUGACAGGAACUGGAGUGAUGCUGUCUGCUGAGGCCUACAAUACCAUGGUGAUCAUUGGCAAUAUCGUUCCUCCGAUGUUUAAUCCCAUAAUAUACAGCUUCAGAAACAAGGAGAUAAAAAACAGCAUUCACAGACUUUUAACAGGAGUGAAAAACGUUACCAGAAAUGAAUGA